UUUACGCACGAAAAAAUGCGGAACAACAAGAAGAUGAAACCUCAUGCUAAACCACCAUCAGGAGUAGCCGCCGCCGGGAAGUCUGAAACUGUGCGGCUGAGCAAAGUCGAGAGGUCAGCUUUAUUUGCAAGAAGAGAAGCCGCCACCGUUUUAAAAACAGUUCUUCACGGUCACAAUCAACGGCGAGCUGUCGCCUCGAUCAAGUCCCUUGUUUAUAGCCCUUCUAUUCGAAACAAGAAGGCCACUUUUGCCCUUGUCUGCCAAACCCUAAAAUAUUUACCUAUUAUUAAGGAUGUAUUGGAGUCUGCUGGUGUACUUAAUAGCACCUUGAAGAAAAAAGAGGAAUUGGUGUAUAUAAUAGCUUAUGACAUUCUAUUCAGCCAGGAGAUCUCACUGGCUGGUGAUGUGGAGAAGCUUCUUUUGCGUCGGAAAAAUGAUCUUCAGAAAGCUCUAGCUAAGGUUUUAGUGAGAAAGAAAGUGAAGAAUGUUGAUGAUUUGCUUGCUCUUUAUCGGCCUACUGAUAUGCCUAAACCUUGUUAUGUUCGUGUGAAUACUCUAAAAUCAGACAUAAAUACUGCUUUGCUUGAAUUAGGAAAGAAAUUCACGGUUCAAAAGGACGACACAGUACCUAAUCUGUUGAUGCUCCCUCCAAACAGUGAUUUACAUGAUCAUCCUUUGGUGUUGAAUGGAAGUGUUUUUAUCCAGGGAAAGGGAAGUUCGAUGGUGGCAGCAGCCCUUGAUCCGAAACCUGGUUGGGAGGUUAUGGAUGCAUGUUCAGCUCCAGGAAACAAAACUGUUCAUCUUGCCGCACUAAUGAGAGGAAAGGGAAGAAUUAUAGCAUGCGAGCUGAACAAAGACAGGAUUAAGCGUCUAGAAUACACGGUCAAACUCUCUGGUGCUGCUAACAUUGAAGUACGGCAUUGUGACUUCUUGAACUUAAAUCCAAAAGAUGCUUCUUUCUCCAAGAUUCGUGCUAUUCUCUUAGAUCCUUCUUGUUCUGGAUCCGGGAUUGCUGCACAGAGGUUAGACCAUUUGCUCCCAUCCCAUGAUUCUGAUGCGUCUGACACGGGAAGAUUGAACAAGCUCGCAGCCUUCCAAAAGAAGGCUCUUAGCCACGCAUUAUCUUUCCCAGCAGUUGAAAGAAUAGUUUACAGUACAUGCUCUAUCAACCAAACCGAGAAUGAAGACGUGAUCAUGUCGGUUUUACCUCUUGCCGCAUCUCAUGGGUUUCAGCUGGUCACUCCCUUACCUCAGUGGGGUCGACGCGGUCUUUCAGUUUUUGAGGGCUCUGAGCAUUUACUUCGAACAGAUCCAGUGGAGGACAAAGAAGGCUUCUUCAUUGCGCUUUUUGUCAAGAAAGACAGCAGCUUUAUUGAUUCAGAAAAGUUGCCCAGAAAAGUUCAUUCCUCUUUGUCGACUGGAAAACAUAAUUUUAAAAAAGAUAACCAUGUAAAGAGGAAAAAACUAUUUAUGCCUCUUCUCUUCAAUAAAAUAUCCAAAUUUUGGUUGCAUUAAUCAUUUUUAUAACUUAAUUCUUAAUUCAA